AUGGAGAAUGGGAAAGGCAUGCCUAUUCUGAUUCUCCAAAGAGCAGGUUUAGGCAAAAGCCUGAUGAUUGCGGCGGAAGGCUUCUGGAAUUGGGGUUUUGGUGUCAAAACCUUUAAAGACACGCGUUAUCACGCAAUCUAUCCUCGCUUUUGGGCACAGGUGCUGCGGUGGAUGGCAACAAAUACCGAUGACAAGAACGUAUACCUUACUACAGAUGCCUCCACUUAUGCGAUAGGGGAUACAGUGAAGGUUACAGCGUAUCUAUACUCUGAAACCUAUCAACCACAAGCGGGGGCAACAGUUCAGAUCGAAGUGGUGCCUCCUGAUGGGGCCCCCUUCCAACUCCAGAUUAACGCAGCGACUGAAAGCACGAACGAGAUGCUGUCGCAACCGGACACAAUCGCGAAUAUGAGCAACCUCUAUACUGCCCAAUUCGUACUACUGCAAAACGGGAAGUACCGCAUUCGCGCAACUGGCAGGAGCGGCAAUCUGAAAUUAGGCGAGGAUCAAAUCGAUAUUUAUGCCCAUCCGCAGCUUGCCGAAUUGGAGAAUCCGCAGCUCAAUGAAGACUUGCUGAAGCAACUUGCCGGACAAACCGAUGGUGCCUAUUUUACGAUGGCUGACGCGGAAUCGCUCCCUGAAAACAUUGCGAAUGUCCAAAACCCGAUAUUCGUUGACGCAGAACGCGAACUCUGGGCACAUCCGUUGAUUUUCAUCACAGUCCUUGGAUUGUUGGGGACUGAAUGGUUUUUGCGUAAACGGGUGAAACAGAGUUUGCAGGCUUCCGAUGUCCCGAUAACUAUCGCCCAAAUCCACUAUGGUGGGGGUGGUGAUUGGUAUGGCGAUCCUACAACUAUCAAGAAUUGGCUCCGGCUUCUCCGAGACCGAGCAGAUAUUGAGACCGCUAAGGACAGGGUGAUCAUUAAGUUGACGGAUCAUACCCUUUAUCAGUAUCCGGUACUCUAUCUGGUAGGACACGGGAAUAUCCGAUUGACUGAGAGUGAAGUUGAAGCGUUAAGGGAUUAUCUCAAGAGCGGUGGUUUUCUGUUCGCGAACGAUGAUUACGGGCUUGACAAAAGCUUUCGCAGCGAAAUGCGGAGAGUAUUUCCAGAGCAGGAGCUACAGCCUGUCCCAAACACACAUCUGAUUUAUCGCUGUUUCUACGAGUUGAAAGGACUCCCCAAGAUUCAUGAACAUGAUGCUGAACCUGCACAAGGGUUUGGGCUUUUUCAUGAUGGACGUAUGGUCGUUUACUAUGCCUACAGUGCUGACAUCGGUGAUGGGCUUGAGGAUGCCGAUGUACAUCCAGACGAUACGCCUCAGGUCCGCGAACUCGCAGCGAAAAUGGCAGUAAAUAUUGCUGUAUAUGCUCUGACUCACUAA